AUGGAAAUAAAGAAUUCAAGUUAUUUGGCAUCUGCAAACUUGGGAAAUAUUGAAGCAAUGUUUCAAGUUGGAAUGUCCGAGAAUAUCCAUGAAACUUUAAAUGGUAUCAAAAAGCGAACAGACAAGGAUAUAGGGACGGAAAAUUACAAAUUAAAUUGCUCCCUUGAUGAAAAUGUUCAACAUAUGACAGUGUUGGGCUUUGAAUUCUAUAAUUAUGAAGAAAUUCGCCUUCCAAUACUAUCAAAACUCGGCUGGUCGUCGUGA